GCAGCAACUUAACUUGAUGUCAUUUGCCAGCCAUGGGAGCGGAGAUGGCAAAGAGUAAGUGCUCAGGUGAUGUUUGACUUUGAUGAUUUGGAACGAGCCAUCGAAGCCAAGGUUUGUGAAGCGCCGGCUGUAGUGCGGGCCAAGGUCAAGCCCCACAUAAAGAACAACCAUACCAAGGUCGUCCGCAUUUGGGCAAUCUCCGAUCUUCACACAGAUGACCACCACAACAAGGAGUGGCUAGAUGAGCUCGAAACCAAAGGCGCCGCAAACGAUGUACUCAUUGUGGCUGGAGAUAUCUCCCAUAAGUGGGACAUCAUCAAGGAUACAUUAAGCUUCUUGAAGGCGCGCUAUGCAAGGGUUUUCUACUGCCCUGGAAAUCAUGAGCUUUGGGGCAACGCCCAAGAGGAUUCCAUGCGCCGUUUCCAUGCGAUCCUUCAGCUUUGUCAACAGCUGGGGGUGGAGACGGCACCUGCGGAGGUGGCAGUGGGCGACCGACGCGUGCUGAUCGUGCCCAUCAUGUCGUGGCACCACCCGCAGUGGGACAUGGAGCCAGAAAUCCAAGGUUGGCGAGGCUUACUCCCUGUGGACCAGAUGCUUAGUGAUUACCCACUGACUCACUGGCCAGAGGGGAUUUGUAUCCAGGACGGUUCUGCAGCCCUGGCUAUAGACAAAGUCAACGAUGAGUUGGUUGAUUGGAUCGACUUGCUCCAACGCAGACACGAAUACCAGGAGGUUCUGUCCUUCUCACACUUCUUGCCAAAAGUAGAGAAUAAUCCGGAGAAGAGGUACCUGACCUAUCCGAACCUCGCCAAAGGCAUCGGCUCGGACUACCUCCGAAGACGGGUGGAGGAGUUGCGCCCGAAUCUCCAUGUGUUUGGCCACACGCAUUUCGGUUAUGACCUGGAGGUGGAGGGCAUUCGCUACGUGCAAGCACCACUGUCCAUGCGCGGGAACUCGUCCUCAGAACGACAUUCCCGUGGAACCACGGUGGCACUUGGCGACUUCCCAGACGGCUUGCCGUUUUCGCACCCGUUCAUGGCCGGGAAGCUUCGGGAUGGAUUGGGCACGGCACGGGCACAAGGUGUGGCAUUCGCGCAGCGGCUGGGCACCAAAGAGCCUGGUCAGGGCGCUUGGUCGGCCUAUGUCGAGCGCUACGGCCGGCGGCCGGACGUCACGCCAGGGGAGCCCAGAUGGAUCUCAGAUUUUUCGCCAAGGCCGCAAGAUGCCGCAAGAAUCCAGAGACAAAUGGUGAAAAACUAUAGGAAGAUCUAA